GCAGCUCGUUCCACACCACCUCCACGCCCUCCUCAGUGUCCAUGGCCAGGAAGGUGCUCUGGAUGCCAGGCAUGUUCCCCUGGUUCACCUGCUCGCGGCGCUUCUGCCAGCGGCCGCAGGGACUCUCCUCCAGCACCUCGCUCUCCUCCUCGCUCUCCUCCUCCUUCUCCUGCGCCAGCCGCGCGUCCGGCUCCGGCACCGCCAUCCCCGCCGCGAUCCGCGAUCCGUGCCCGGCUGUGCCGGGCUCGAGUCCGACCUGAUCCGCUUAGAUCCGACCCGAUCCGCUCAGAUCCGAUCCAAUCCGACCCGAUCCGCUCCGAACCGCGUCGAGCCGAGCUGAUGCGCGCCGAACCGAAGCGAACCGAACGGAACCAAGCCGAAGGCGGCGAAACGGAGCCGAGCGGCACCGCAGCGCCCCGAGCCCCGCCGCGCUCCGCCGGUGCCGUGCGGGGCCGGCCCGGUCUCGUCCCGCCCCGCUCCGGACGUGCGGCCGCGCACGCCCCGCCCCGCCGGGAGGGGCUCCCGCACCCCCGGCAGCUCCCGCACCCCCGGGAGGGGCUCCCGCACCCCCGGCAUCCCCGGGAGGGGCUCCUGAAUCCCCGGGAGGGGCUCCGGCACCCCCGGCAGCUCCCGCACCCCCGGCAGCUCCCGCACCGGGCUCGACCCGCCCCGGGGCCGUCCGUUACUUUUAGCCCGGCCGUGCCUCGUCCCACCCUUUUUCCGCGCUGCGCUGGCGCCUGGCGGGGCUCGGGCUCGUCCUCCCCCUCUGGGCUGCGGCUGCUCCGGGUGACCGAGGGGACACGGGAAGGGCACGCCAGGUAUGGCCACAACCUCCCGGCCUGGCACGGGACAAGGGAGCAGGAGGUGUGUGCUGGUGGGGGCCACCACCGGGUCCUGCUUGGCCACCACCGGGUCCUGCAGGGCCACCACCAGGUCCUGCUGGGCCACCACCAGGUCCUGCUGUGCCACCAUGAAGUCCUUCUGGGCCACCAUCAUGUCCUGCUAAGCCACCACCGAGUCCCCUGGGCCACCACCAGGUCUCACUGGGUCACCACCAGAUCCCCCUGGGCCACCACCAGGUCCUGCUGUGCCACCAUGAAGUCCUUCUGGGCCACCACCAGGUCUCACUGGGUCACCACCAGGUCCUGCUUGGCCACCACCGGGUCCUGCUGGGCCACCACUGAGUCCCCUGGGCCACCACCAGGUCUCACUGGGCCACCACCAGGUCUCACUGGGCCACCACCAGGUCCUGCAGGGCCAACACCAGGUCCCUCUGGGCCACCACCAGGUCCUGCUGUGCCACCACCAGGUCCUGCUGGGCCACCACCAGGUCUCACUGGGUCACCACCAUGUCCCUCUGGGCCAGCACCAGGUCCUGCUGUCCCACCAUGAAGUCCUUCUCAGCCACCACCAGGUCCUGCUAAGCCACCACCGAGUCCCCUGGGCCACCACCAGGUCCCCCUGGGCCACCACCAGGUCCCUCUGUGCCCCCCAGCCCCCGUUCCAGCCCAGUGCCUGGUGCCAGGAGCUGCCCCUGGGUCACCUUGUCCCCUGUGUGCCAGGAGCUCCCAGGAUGGGUCGCCUUGUCCCUUGUGUGCCAGGAGCUCCCCCUGGGUCACCUUGUCCCUUGUGUGCCAGGAGCCCCCCCUGGGUCACCUUGUCCCCUGUGUGCCAGGAGCUCCCAGGGUGGGUCACCUUGUCCCCUGUGUGCCAGGAGCUGCCCCUGGGUCACCUUGUCCCCUGUGUGCCAGGAGCCCCCCCUGGGUCACCUUGUCCCCUGUGUGCCAGGAGCUCCCAGGAUGGGUCACCUUGUCCCCUGUGUGCCAGGAGCUGCCCCUGGGUCCCCUGUGUGCCAGGUGGGGCUGGAAGCGGUGCCAGCCCCUGGUUCUUAUCACAGCAGAGUCUGGGAAUGAGUUCAAGGCCAAGGGAUGGAAAUGUUGUCACCAAACACAAACCGAGCCCCACACCCAGGCACCUUCCCCAUCCCCAGAGCCCCUGCAGCGCCCCGGGGCCACCUCCCGGCCUUGAUGGCAGCCCCGGGGCCACCUCCCGGCCUCGAUGGCAGCCCCGGGGCCACCUCCCGGCCUCGAUGGCAGCCCCGGGGCCACCUCCCGGCCUCGAUGGCAGCCCCGGGGCCACCUCCCGGCCUCGCUGGCAGCCCCGGGGCCACCUCCCGGCCGUGGCUCACUCCAGCUCCUGAUGGGACCCUUGUGACCAUCUCCUGGCCAUGGCUGACUUCUCCCAGCUCCCAGUGCCACCCCUGUGACCCCUCCUGGCCUCCAUGGCACCCCUGUGACCUCCUCCUGGCUGUGUGUGACUCCAGCUCUCAAUGGUGGCAUCGCUGUGAUGAUCUGCCAGCCUCGGCUGACUCCACUCCUGAUGUCAGCCCUGUGACCCCCUCCCAGCUCCCAGUGCCACCCCUGUGACCCCCUCCUGGCCAUGGCCAACUCACUCCAGCUCCUGAUGGCAGCCAUGAGACCCUUCCCAGCCUCAAUGGCACCCCUGUGACCCUUCCCAGCCUUGGCUCACUCCAGAUCUCGAUGGUGGCACCCCUGUGAUCCCCUCCUGGCUGUGGCUGCCUCCAGCUUCUGAUGACAGCCCUGUCACCCCCUCCCAGCCUCGAUGCCACCCCUGUGACCCCUCCUGGCCUCCAUGGCACCCCUGUGACCCCUCCUGGCUGUGUGUGACUCCAGCUCUCAAUGGUGGCACCGCUGUGAUGAUCUGCCAACCUCGGCUGACUCCACUCCUGAUGGCACCCCUGUGACCCCCUCCCAGCCUCGGUUGGCUCCAGUUCCCUGGGACCAUCUCUGAGCCUCAAUGGGACCCCUGUGACCCUCUCCUGGCCGUGUCUGACUCCAGCUCUCCAUGGUGGCACCCCUGUGACCCUCUCCUGGCCAUGGCAAACUCACUCCAGCCCCCAGUGCCAGCCCUGGGACCCCCUCCCAGCCUUGGCUGACUCCAGUUCUCAAUGGUGGCACCCCAGCCUCAAUGGUGGCCACCUCCCAGCCUCAAUGGCCCCUCUGUGACAUCUCAUGGCUGACUGCUCCUGGCUCCUGGUGGCACCCCUGUCACCCCCUCCUGGCCGUGGUUGACUCCAUCUCUCAAUGGUGGCACCCCUGUGACCCCUCCCAGCCUUGGCUGACUCCAGCUCUCCAUGGUGCCACCCCUGUGACCCUCUCCUGGCCAUGUCUGACUCCAUCUCUCAAUGGUGGCACCCCUGUGACCCCCUCCUGGCCAUGGCUGCCUCCUGGAGCUGCCUUUUCAGCACCUCCAGCACCCCCAAAAGGGAUGAGCAGAUGAGCACUGUCUGGGCCGAGUUUGCUGAUCCACCGCAGUUUCUGGGUGGUUCGGCUUCCACAGCCGGCUCGGGUGGCACAGGGAGGGGUGGCACAGGGUCCCAGCUAUGGAUCGCCCUGAACGUGCCCUGAGCUGGCCGAGCCCAUGGCCACUCCCAAGCCCCUCUCAGGCCCCUCUGUUUUUCCCCUCCUGGCACCUCUGCAGGCCCUGGGGUUGGGGGGCACAGCCUGGCACAGUGGGACCCCCCCAGCCCGGCCCAGCGCUCCUGGAAUAAACAGGGCAGGAGAUCUUUCACCUUUUGAAUGCCUUCAUUAUAAACCAGCUUGGGUGGGGAGACCCGACGGGUCACACACACACAGAGGCCACCACUGCUCCCAGGAGUGGCACAGAGGAGGAGGAGGAGGAGGAGGAGGAGGAGGAGGAGGGAAAUUGCAGCUGCGCCCUCUGAUCUCCAGGCAGGGCCGGGGGCUCCAUCCCCACGAGAGCAGCAGGAGAUUCCUGGGUCCUGAGUUUGACACUCGAGCUCUUCCUUCCAGCCGACAUCUCUGAGCUCAGGGUGAGGGGUAGAGAGGAUCUCAGCGGACACCGGGUUCUGUUCCUCACCUCCAGACAUCACUUCAGUCUCUCAAGUCCGCGGUGGCUCGUUGGUUUUAGGGGUUUUUCCUGCGGGAUUUGGUGCGGGGUUCCCUCAUUCGCCUGCCAGCCCCGAUGUCACCUCCUCCUCACAGUCCUGGGCGCCAUUUCCCAGGAAGCAGCAGGGGGAUGCUGGACAAAGGGGAUUUCUCACCACCAACAGCAGGUAAUUAAAGGAAAACCAUUAACAGCAGGGGAUUACAGCAUGAAAUUAUUAACAACAAGCGGUUAGAACUCCAGCUUGGCAGCAAUUGGCUUAGCUUGUGAACUCUGCAACCUUUGAAAAAUGGACAACUCUUCUUCCACUCAUAACAGGACCACA